CACUCAGUGCUCAAUCGGUGCGGAUUCGAAAUUCGAAACUCUCGAUUGCGCGUAACAUUCGUGAACACGCAGUGUGAGGACACAUUUUAGAAUAUUCUGAUAACAUUUUUAAAAGUCUACUUUAAAAAAAAUAGUGACUUGUUUUAAACUUAGUGUUGGUGUUUUAGAGUUUUGUGUGUAGUGCUUAAGAAAUUACUUCGUUCGUGUAGAAAAUAAUUUAAAUUGCAAGAUUCGAGCGUUUCCACUGAGCUCGGUGUUCGACUAAAUUAAACAUAACGAGAUGUGAACGAGACUGGAACGAGACUGCGCAGAUGAGCGAGAGUGCGAUUAAUUCGAGAAGACACCUAGACUAGUACCGAUGCGUUGGAAUCAUGAGUACCUGGUACUGCGUCGUGUUUAUGAUGUCCACGAUAAGUACCGGCAUUAUGACUCCGGCACCGCUCAAAACGGAGGCGAACGAGCCUUAUGAUCGCCACUACUGGUAUACGCAGGCGCAAGAAACUCUACAGAAGAGGCUGCAGUACGCUUCUGACAAAAAACCUGUGGCUAAGAACGUGAUUUUGGUGGUCGGCGAUGGUAUGAGCCUAACGACGGCGACGGCUGCCAGAAUCCUGCGCGGUCAGCGGAGAGGUCAGACGGGAGAAGACACCGACUUGGCCUGGGACACAUUCCCAGCUGUCGCCUUAGCCAAGACGUACAACAUUGAUGCUCAAACUGGGGAAUCUUCUGCUUGCGCCACGGCUCUUCUAUGUGGAGUGAAGGCGCGGUACGAGACCUUGGGCCUGGACGCUGGUGGAAGGUUCAACAGCUGUUCGUCGGCCAUCAACUCGAAGGUCACCUCGCUGAUCGACUGGGCUCAUGAAGCUGGAAAAUCAAGCGGCAUAGUAACAACAUCUCGCAUCACACACGCCACACCGGCAGCGUUGUACGCACACGCGCCUUCCAGAUACUGGGAGGACGACAGCCGAGUCCCCCCCACCGUGCGGAAAGACUGCAAGGAUAUCGCGAUGCAGCUUGUGGAGAAUGAUCCGGGGAGGAGUAUCAAUGUGAUAAUGGGAGGAGGAAGAAGACAUUUCCUGCCCACGAUAACGCCGGAUCCUGAGCACCCGAGUCGAGAAGGUCGUCGGCUGGACGGGCGGAACCUGGCAGAAGAUUGGGCGAGAGAGAAGAAAAGAAGACGGCUGCGCGCUCAGUACAUACACUCGAAGGACCAGCUAGCGAAACUCGAUCCAAGAUCCGUAGACUAUUUAUUAGGUUUAUUUGAAUAUUCGCACAUGGAAUUCAACGCGGAGCGGGGCGGUGUGACGGACACGGAGGAAGGUUCGGCCGACGGGUCGGCAGUGAAAGCUGACGACCCUUCCCUCUCCGAUAUGACCCGAGCGGCCCUCUCCAUAUUACUGAAGAACGACAAGGGUUUCUUCUUGCUUAUUGAAGGUGGACGGAUAGACCACGCACACCAUUACAACAACCCAUACAGAGCGUUGGACGAAACGCUCGAGAUGGAAACGGCGUUGCUGGCCGCAUUGGAGCGAGUCAACCCAGCUGAGACCCUGAUCGUGGUCACCGCUGAUCACGGACACGUGAUGACCUUCGGUGGCCAGGCCACGCCUCGCGGCCAUCCUGUUUUGGGUGCGGAUACCAUGGUAUCCGACAUCGAUGGCCUACGCUACACAACACUGCUGUACGGGACGGGGCCAGGUCACGCAGAGCCUCGCCCCGUCCCGGCCAACGGGACUAUCACGUCACCUGACUCCGUGCACGCUGCCGCUGCGCCGCGGCAGUGGGCCACGCAUGGAGGAGAAGACGUGCCAGUUUACGCCUUAGGACCAAUGGCGACGGUGUUGUUCGCGGGUGUGGUGGAGCAAAGUUACAUUCCUCACGCCAUCGCCUACGCGGCAUGCCUCGCACACCAUUCGCGGAGAUGCCAGGAAAAGAUCAACUUCACUCAGCCGCUGGUACCGCCACCAAAAUGCGUACCGCCCGAAGUGAGCAGCGUGGCCGCGGAAGACACUCGCGAACCUACUGGCGGCCGGCGCGUCGUCGUCGCGUCAAGCGUCAUGUCCGACGAACGCGUCCCCAGGUCUUCCGCGAUCAUCCACGUCACUGGCCUCAUCAGUAUAAUCAUUCAUUUAAGCACGUUAUGGUCUAUCAAUUAAAAACACCUUGCUUUUCACGAUUAACUUUACACAGAAUAGUUAGAUAAUGAAAAUUUGUACAGGGAAGAUUAUAGACAUACGGAUCGGAUUAUUGUAAAUAAAAUUAGACGUUGUAAAUAAAGAUGAUAA